AUGUCCGGCGCCGGACCUCGCGAGGCAGUCUUCCCGACCCGCCAGUCGCUAGGGUUGAUGAAGAGCAAGCUCAAGGGUGCAGAGAUCGGCCACAGUUUAUUGAAGAGAAAGAGUGAAGCCUUGACCAAGCGCUUCCGAGAUAUCACCCGUCGCAUCGAUGAAGCAAAACAGAAAAUGGGCCGUGUUAUGCAGAUUGCGGCUUUUUCACUGGCCGAAGUGAGCUACGCAGUCGGAGGAGACAUUGGAUAUCAGAUUCAGGAGUCGGCCAAACAAGCUCGAUUCCGCGUUCGAUCCAAGCACGAGAACGUGUCCGGUGUCUUCCUGCCUCAGUUUGAAAGCUACACCGAGGAGGGUGUCAAUGACUUUGGCUUGACUGGUUUGGGCAAGGGUGGACAGCAGAUCCAACGGUGCCGGGAGACAUACGCACGGGCCGUGGAGACGUUGGUGGAGCUUGCCAGUCUACAGACUGCAUUUUUGGUUUUGGAUGAGGUGAUCAAGGUGGUCAACCGAAGAGUAAAUGCCAUCGAGCAUGUCAUCAUCCCUCGGACUGAGAAUACCAUUAAAUAUAUCAACUCUGAACUGGACGAGCUUGACCGCGAGGAGUUCUACCGCCUGAAGAAAGUGUCAAACAAGAAGCAGCGAGACACCGCUGCAGCGGACGCUGAGAUCCUUGCGGCUCGACAGAGGCAAGCCGAGAAAGAUAAAGAAAAUGGCGGUGCCGCCGAGGAGCCCGAGAGCGUGGAUGUGCUGGGCGAACAGGAAGACACGGAUGUCAUUUUCUAG